AUGUUUGCCAAGAUCUCAUCUAAGUAUAAUCCAGUCCUAAGUGAACCAUAUCCUGAAACAACAGAAAAUAUUGAUGCAUUAUUUCAGGCAGUUAAAAAUCAAAAUUAUUCUAUAAUAUCUAAUUUACUUCGUGAUAAAAAAGUGAAUUCAUCAACUGUCAACUAUACAGAUGUUAGUCGACCAUCAUUACUUAUUGAAUGUUGUAAACGUUCAGAUAAAAAACUAUUACAAAUAAUGAUCAAAAUUGAAAAAGAACAAUUAAAAAGUUCAUAUGAAGAUGUUCAUGGACAUCGAGCUGUAUGGUAUGCUAUUGAAAAUAAUUUUCUUAUUGGUAUUCAAGAUUUACUUGAACAUAAACUAAUUGAUCCGAAUUUACAUGAUACAAAAACAAGUUUUACACCUAUCUUACAAGGUAUUGAAAGAAAACGCACUGAGAUUGUAGAAGCAUUCAUUCGUGCUGGUGCUGAUCCUAAUUUACCACCACGUAAUCCAGCUCAUCGUGGUUUGACACCACUUAUUCUAUCUAUUGUAAAUGGUAACGAUGAAAUCAGUCAAUUUCUCAUUAAUUCACUAUGUAGUCUUAAUCAAUAUGUUGAAGAUGGUUAUACUGCUUUACAUUACAGUGUUUUAAUGAGUCGUCAUCCGACAAUAAUAUCCUUGCUGAAAGCAGGUGCACGAACAAAUGUUCGUAGUAUAUAUGGUGUAACACCAAUGACUUUAGCAAUUCUAUGUGAUGAUCCAUAUUCAGUUAAAAUUCUUAUUGAACAUGGUUAUCCAAUAACACGUACCUAUACAUGGAAUGAAUAUCCAUUUGAACAGGCAAUUAAAAUUCAUGCCGAGGGUUCAGCUAUGAUGAUAGCUUAUCUAGGUAUUGAAUUAAAAAUUAAACAAGGUAAUCGAUCAUCAAAUCCAUUAACGAUGGCAGCCAGUGAAGGUUUAAUUAAUUUAAUGUUUCUUUUAAUAAAUAUGCAACCUCAAUCGAUCAACCAACAUUGGAUACGGAAACGACAAUAUCCACAUGCAUUAUAUCGUUUAAAACAUGUACAAACUGAUUUACAAUGUAUGUUUUCAAACCCAUUUCGUCUUAAACAAUUAUGUCGUGCAAAAAUAUCUCAAACUAUCGGAAAGUUUUAUACAGAAAAAAUAAUUGAAUUAAAGAAAACUUACCCUUCAUUAUCAGAUCGACAUCUUGAAUACUUACGUUAUCAAGAUGUUAUGGAUCCUGUGAAACAUUUUCGUCCUGUUGGUAAACGUCUUGCUCAUUUUGAAGUUAAUGGACUUGAAUUCUAUUGGGAUCAACGAACAUUGAGAUAUCGAAAACUUUAUGAUGAUCCUAAUCGUGAUAUCAAGAAAGAUAAAAAUCGUGAUGAACAACCAAAAAGUGCUAUUGUUCGUUUAACAUCAGUAUUACUUAAACGACGACAACAUCAACAAGCACGAAAACAAAUUAAUGAAACUAAAAGUUUAACUAUGUCGAGUUAUUCAAGUAAUACCAUAACAAGACAUGCCAGUGUUCAGCUUAAAUCAGCUCACAAUGCUGGAAGAGGAAUCUUAUCAAAACGACAUAAAUAA